GAUUUGGGUGAAUGCUAUGCAAGGAUUAUAAGCCUUUUAGAUCAAAUAAGAAAUGUUUCUUGUCUUUCAUAUUGCAAAAACUGCACUAAAAUCUGUAAGAACAUAUUUUAUUACACUUUAUAUGUUCGGGAAAAAACAUUAAAAGGGAUAUAACAAUUAAGGCUAAUCAUCUAUUUGUAAAUCUCUGGUGUCGAUAUUGUUAAUUGGAUUAUGCGGAGUCAGGAAAGCAGAUACAGAUUGUAUCACUUUCAGCUUUCAGUACCGAACCAGGUUAAGACAGAGCCGCUUAUACACAUGUAAUACACACCCAGAGAGGCUUGGCACACUUUGCAUUUCCUGUCCCAUUUUAUGGCAAUGAAUUAAGGUUAUUGUGCUUCCAAGAUGGUUUGAGUCCUUCAGGUUUAACAAGCACAAAUUUCUUACAAAACGUUCUCAAUGAUUGAAUUAUUGGUGAAUUUGUUGCAGUUUGCCGUCGUCAGCAAGGUAAUCUGAAGAAGUGAAAAAGUCUGAGGAAGUGAAAAGACCUUGUGCAGCACUGUCAAAAGGGUGGAACCAUGGACAUUGGUGGUUUGGAGACGGUGGUGGCGAACUCUGCCUAUGUGUCCGCCCGAGGCAGCGUGGACGGAUCUGCAGCAGCCUCCAUGCGUGAUAAGAAGAUGCGUGCCAGGUUGAAACUGCCUCACAUCAGAGAUUGUGAACACAUGAAGACGACUGUUGACACGGUAUUUGAGAGCAUGUGCGUCACGCAGCCCGUCGGCAAGCGCCUGUUCCAAAUGUAUCUGGAAAGCGAUGCAACCCACAAAAACACUGGGGAGCUGUGGAAGGACUUUGAAGACUACAAAAUAUGCCAGGAGAAGGACAGAGUGCAAAAGUCCCAAAAAAUAAUCAAUAAGUAUUAUGAGUCUGCAUCGAAGAACUUCUGCAAGUUCCUGGAGGAGAAGGCUGUCACUCGGGUCAAAGAAGACUACAAGAACGUCCACGGUGACCUGUUUAAAGAGAGCGAGCAGCAGCUGCUCAAACACCUGGAGAAGAAUGCAGUGGAGGGCUUCAAGAACAGCAUGUACUUCCUGCGAUAUGUUCAGUUCAAAUGGUUGGAGAGCCAGCCCGUGGAUGAGGAGUGGUUCAUGGACUUCAGGGUCCUGGGCAAAGGAGGUUUCGGGGAAGUGUUUGCUUGCCAGGCCAAGGCAACAGGCAAAAUGUACGCCAACAAGAAACUGGAUAAAAAGAGGCUCAAGAAACGCAAAGGCUACGAGGGAGCGAUCGUGGAGAAGCGCAUCCUCGCAAAAGUUCACAGUCGCUUCAUCGUGACACUGGCUUACGCGUUCCAGACCAAGACAGACCUCUGCCUAGUUAUGACUAUCAUGAACGGUGGUGAUCUCAGGUUUCAUAUGUAUAAUGUGGAUGAGAAGAAUCCUGGCUUCGAAGAUAAACGAGCACGUUUCUACACAGCUCAGAUCAUCUGUGGGGUGGAGCACCUGCACCAGCACAGGAUCAUCUACAGAGACCUCAAACCAGAGAACGUCCUGCUGGAUGAUGCAGGACAUGUCCGCCUGUCAGAUUUGGGUCUGGCUGUCGAGCUUCCACCAGGAAAAGACAAAACUGCUGGAUAUGCAGGAACCCCUGGUUUCAUGGCCCCGGAGCUGCUCCAGAAGAAGGAGUACGACUACUCAGUUGACUAUUUUACUCUGGGAGUCACCCUGUAUGAGAUGAUUGCUGCAAAAGGGCCCUUUAGAGUUCGAGGAGAGAAGGUUGAGAAUGAAGAGGUCACCCGCAGAAUCCUGAACGAUCCAGUUUCCUACACACCGACCUUCAGCAAUGAGUGCAAGGCCCUGUGUGAAGGCCUGAUGGAGAAGGACCCGGCGAAACGUCUCGGGAUCAAAAAUAAUGAUUGCUCAGAACUCAAGAAUCAUCCCUAUUUUAAAGAGGUUAACUGGGGCCGUCUGGAUGCAGGCAUGCUACCUCCACCGUUUGUCCCCGAUCCCAGGAUGGUCUACGCCAAAGACAUUGACGAUGUGGGCGCCUUCAGCACAAUCAAAGGCCUGGUCCUAGAUAACAAGGACACCGAGUUCUACAAUGACUUUUCUUCUGGUAAUGUCCCGAUCCCGUGGCAGGAGGAGAUGAUUGAGACGGGUGUGUUUGGAGAGCUGAACAUCUGGGGCGAGAGCGGGAAGCUGCCCAAUGACCUCGACCCGAACUUCGUGGAAGCCAAGGGUGGGGGCUGUGUGCUGCUGUGAGUUAGAGCAAGAGAUCAAAUAGAGUAUGUGCUCAAUUGGCGCUGCAUACAGUUUAUUUUCUGUGAACCAUUUGUACCAUAAUCUGUAAUAAACUGUUAUAUAUAUAUAUGUAUAUAUAGGUAUUAGUGGUGUAAUGAUAAAAUGGCUAUAUAAAUAGCUUUACCUUUAUAACAGGCAUGAAAACGAGUGGACCAACAUAGCCACAUAUAUGUACAUACAUACUUAAAUAGUCCUGUGUGUAUAUAUACUGUAUGCAUACAUAUAUAGAAUAUAUAUUAUUGUAUUAUUACUAGUUGUACUGUAAAUAUGACUCUAAUGUAGAUUGAAUAUCAUGUAACAAUGUAAAUAUGGUUUUGACUGCUGUGAUCUGACUGUAUACGUCAUUAAUUUAAUUUAGUCAAUGCAGAUAAAUGUAAUAAGAAUAAUUUAGAAAACAACAUGCAUUAUUAUAUGAAUAUUAAUUAUUUGUUUUGUGAACCAAAGAAAAGUGUAUUGCCAUUGUAAUAUUGUGUAAUUACUAUUUUAUCAUUUCUUAUAUUGCCGAUAAU